AUGCAGAGAAAUAUUAUGCACGUAAGUUUGAGAAUCACUACUAUGACGUGGCCAACAAAAAAAUUUCCAGGAAAUCAAUGACUCAGUGAGUCGAAUGAUAGAUAAUAUAGGUUUCACCGAAGUGACACGUGGCGCGCACAAUAAACUCGUUCGAAAGUUGAUUGAGAUCAUGCAAAGGACGACGGGGACGUUGAAAAUGUUUAUGGAGAAUGCAGAUAUACAGGGGGACAUGUUGAGGGAUCGAGAUUUGAUGGCUGUGUUGAAAUUCGAAAAUGUGAAUAUUCCCAAGUUGAUGGAUUAUAUGAAACAGGUUUUACCAUUUCCACCUGAAGAAGAAAUUGAAGAGGAUGUUUUGAAAAAUGAAGAAUUUAAAGAAGAAGAAGCAGUAGAGAUAAUGGAAGUGGAUGGAAAUCAAAAUAAGAUAGAGAAUGAAAAAGAGGAAGAAGUGCAAGUUAAAAAAAGAUUUGAAGAUCUUCCAAAAUUCGAUGACCAAAAUGCAAUUGAUCUUGGUUUCAUUUGCUAUAAACCUGUGAUUCUUCCCCUUCCUCAAGCUGUUUUCAAAAACAGAAACCCCGCCGCAAAAUUCUCAACUUCUGUCCCAGAUCUUCAUAGAUUCUCCGAAUUCCCCGCACCAACUUUCAUUGUUCCAACAACAAAAACCAAUAAUAAUUCUCGAUCAUCAACAACAUCUCGAAAGCCACGUGGAAGCUAUACGGCAAAACGGAAUUAUUUGAAGAAACAUGAGAAUCGUUUGAGAUUGGAGCAAAAUGCACAAUUGGCAAAGGAGAAGAUGGAGGAGCAAAUGAGGAGAGAUGAGUUGAGAAGUCGACUUCGAAGAAAACCCGAGAAAAAGUUUAUUGAAUGUGAAAAGGGUCGACUUGUUAUGAGAAUCCCUAAAGCUUUGUUAGUUGUAAUUUUGGAAGUUGAAAUAUCUGAAAACUGAAAAAGAAUUUUUACAGAUUACCCAAACCUAUCCCAAAAAUCAAAAUCCGAUAUCAAAAAUUAUCGAAAACUCAGAUGAAAAUCACAAGCAUCACAACCCAGAAUGGUUAUAAGAAAAUGAAUGUAUUGUCAAAAGUGGUAAAAUUUGUUUUUUUUUCUUUCUUCAAUCACAAUCACAAAAAAUCAAUUUUUACAGACACCGAGGAAUGCCAAAAAUUGA